CGAUACCACGAGGGGGCCGACCCAACCUCAGGCCUCGUUUGAGGACAUCAACGGACUCUACGCCAAAGUGAACAAAUCCAGACCGCCGCAGCAGCAGCAGCAGCAGCAGCAGCAGCAGGCCCCUCCAGACAGCGAUCAGCGGAUCCAGGGAUUGCGUAGGGAGUACCAGCAGGCCCGAGCCGCUCCGGGUUACGAGGAGCUGGAGGCGGCGAGACGCAGAGUUCUGGAGCAUGACCCAAAUCGGAUGGCACCCAGAGGGGUUGAAUCCCGACCAAGGCACCUGUAUGAAGAGUUGGAACUGGAUUACAAUCCAAAACCCAGGAGGGAUCCGUAUGACUAUCCCACAUACUCCAGGGCUCACAGGGAGCCAGUCCCUUACCCCGGUCACUACCAGGACCCUCCAGGUCCCAGCAACUCCGGCCGUUUGCCACUUCCUCAGUCGUCCAACCAGUCCCAGCAGGCUCCUGCUAAUCAACGCUACUACCCGUCCGCCCAGCAACACCGUGCAGCUCUGAGACAGGAUGUCCCUCCGUCUCCCACGGCUGGUCGCAGGGGGCGGCAGUACUAUGAGCCCGUGGUAGGGAGAGGAGACGGCUACCGGCAGGGCCAGCCCCGGCCGCUACACCAGCCCAGACAGGUACCCUACAGCAAGCAACGCUACGCCAGCCCUGAUGGCUACCGUCAUGAGGAUGAAAGACAGCCUGAGCCAAGGCGGGAAGGACCCUAUGAUAGGUGCAGUGUAAAGUGAUGAAAGUUAAGGUUUAACACGGGCGCUUUGCAAAGAGUUAUAUUUAAAUGUAUAUAAAUAUAUAUAUAUAUAUUUCUGGUGGAGAUAUUGUGAGUAUUCCAGUGUUGCCAAGGUUUAUGAUGACGGAUUUUAUAAUGCAAAAUGAAAUGAGAUUAAAUUGCACAAAUAUUUACAGCAAACUUGGUGCCAUAUAGAUGUUAAGUUGAAGUAUAUUCCAGCACUGAAAGCACUGCAUUUUGUCCAGAAGGAUCAAACAGAAGGUAAUAAAUGGGGGGGAAUCACCUUUACCAGCUAGAUCAUGACAGGAAGCCGACAACAAAAACAGGAAUUAGCUCUCCUUCUUGACUUUUAAGCCUUGAUGUUUUGCCGCUUAAGCUUCCUUUACUUCCUGACAUGUCGGGGUUUUUUUCUUUUGUCUUUUUGCCUUUGAUUAUGUGGAUGAGGCCGACACCUUUACUGUCCGAGAAGAAUUUAAUUGUGAUAUUUUUGUGUGUUUUCUAAUAAAGUAAAUAGUUACUCUUA